CCUUCAAUAGUCAUACAUCCUCGAUGAUCUAUUCGUGCCACAAUUUUACAAUUUUUCUACAAUACAUCCGUACAUGAAUUAUACCCCAAUUAUUUCAUUUCAGAAAAGCUAUGUUAGAGAGUAACCUUACGAAUCGCUCCGUGCGCCUUGCACAGUCGGUGGGGUGCGGGCGUCAUGCGCAAUUCGAAGCUUCUGUCGUUGUCACUGUGGUUUCAUCUUUGCAGCGGUCGGCGUCGCCCGUUUGCUGAAUCGGCACAAGACCCUGAAUAAGUAGCCACGCACGUCGACCACCUGAGAUCGCCGCGUAAAUAAGAACCUGUCGCAGCACCAAGGACCACAUCAGGACAACAAGGAAGUUGCAUCUCGGAGGACCAUGGACCUCGACGACGGGCGGCAUGACGGAGGGCUGUCCACGCCGUCGCUGUCCCCCCUAUCCGGGACACCCGGCGGCGCGUUCGGGAAAUCCCCGGGCGGCCGUGGCGGGCUGUUGCAGAAGAGCGGGGGUGGCCCAGGCGGAUUCGGGGGCGGCGGAGGCUCCUUUGGCGGCGCUGGGGGCGGGGGCGGCAAAUUCGUGCGGGGCGGCAUGCGGCUCGAAGACAUGAUGGAAGAGGAGGAAGAGGAGAAGAAGAAGUCGCGCAACCCCUUCGCCAUGCUCGCGGCCUGCUGCAAGCGGGACGGCGUGUCGGCGCAGGACAAAUUUCUGAAGCAGCAGCGUGCCUACAACUGGCAGCAGGCCGAGGCCGAGAAGACCGCGCGCCGGGAGACCGACAGCAAGACCUUCGACUUUCUCAAGGCAAAAGCUUCCGACGACGACCGGGUGCGGUUUGUCUUGUUCGUGUUCUUUCUGCUGCUAGCCGUCGGGCUGUGCUGCUCCGUCAUGACGCUGCUGUUCGACGCGAUCGAGCACUGGGUGGAGGCGUUCUACCGGAAGUGGCUCCCGACGACCGUCGACGACGCGGCGGGCGGGCUGGGAAAAUGGUACAUGUGCCUCCACAUGAUCUUCGGCUGCGCGGUCUCCGUCGCCUUCACCUCCUACUUUGUGCGCAACUACAUUCCCGAGUGCAGCGGGGCCGGCACGGACGCGGCCAGGAUUGCCAUGGCGAUCGGGUCGCCCAUCGCGCUGCGCAUCGCCUUCUACCGGAUCACCGUCUCGUCGCUCUAUUUAGGGAUGGGAAACCCGUAUUCGUUUUUUUUUUCUGCAUGGGAGAGUUACUGCAAGCAUCAGUGUAGAUUCAUCGUUUACGUGUUUCAGAUAGGUAAUUGAGAAUAUAAAUUCCCGCAACUUGUUACACAAAAGUCUUGCCCUUCAUCACCAUACCCCAUACGCUACAGGCUCGGGAUGGAAGCACCGAUUCUGCACGUGUGCGCGUGCGUGACGAGCUCGGUCGUCGGGUUCGCGGCCGUCAAUUUCCCGAAGUUUGCCACCUACGAGCACUUGCCCACCUGGGUGCUGGUGGGAAUUGCGAGCGGCCUGUCAACUGCGUUUGACGCCCCGCUAGCGGGGAUUACCUACGCCGUCGAGGAGGUGAUGGCCCUACGGAAGAUUGAGCUGGCCGUGUGCCUGAUUGGGGGCGCGGCGUCCGUGGCCACCUAUUUGAACGCGGAGGCCAAGGUGGGGUUCUUCAACAAACUGAUGCACAUCGACCCGGCGCACCCCUACUUGCUGCUGCCCUCGUCCGGCGGGGACGGGGAGGAAGUGCAUUUCGGCCGCAUGUGGUUCCACUCCAUGCUCAUGGGCCUGCUCACCGGCUUCGCGGGGGAGGCUUUCGCUCGGAUCUUGCUGACCGUGCGUCGACGAGUGCGUAGACAAACCCUUUGCUCGCCGCCGAAAUUUGUCGUGCUCCUCAGCGUCAUCAUCGGCAUUCUCGGCAGUACAGGAAUUUUUUUUUUGACAAACAUUUAAUUUAGUGGACCUCAUCUGCGUUUCAGUUUCACAAAAGACACACUGUUGCAGCUCGCAGUCGAGAAAUACAUAUGAUUUUCCCAAGAAAAUCAAAAUCUGACUGAGAUAAUUGCUAUCGCAGCACAACAGAUUCUUGAGCGUACCAUACUACAGCUUUGUCCGCACAUAAUCAAUCUCUUCCACAGGUGUUUGCUACGUGGUGCUGGAUGAUGAUAGCGUGUGGGGCCCGGGGCGCACCGCUUUUCAGAAGAUGCUACUCAUUCCAAGCACGUUUGAAUACGACCAGAAUAUCCGGAAGGACGUGACUCUUCCCUACGACCAGAACCUGAAGCCGCUGAAGGACGUGGAGAGCCUGGGGUUCCACUACUACGCCGGUUUUUUCGUGCUGAAGCUGGCGGCCGUGAUUCUGGCGGCUUCCAGCGGCGGCCCGGGCGGCGCCUUCUACCCAGUGCUGCUGCUGGGCGGAGCGUUCGGGGGCGCCGUGAUGUGCGUGCUGCAGGCGUUCGACGCGCCGGAGAACGCGGGGCUGCACCGCGUGGUCAUCUACCUGGCGAUCUGCGGGCUGUUCACCUCGGUGUUCCGGGUGCCUUUAACGGGGGUGUUCAUCACCUACGAGCUGACCGGCCUGGGCAAGCGCGGGGUGGUGGACCACACGCUGUUCCCGCUGAUGCUCACCUCCCUGGUCUCCUUCCUGGUGUCCACGCGGCUGGAGCCCUGCGAGAUGCAGGAGCGCGUGGAGCUGAUGGACGGGCUGGACGUGGGCAAGCUGUUCGAGCACGGGCUGGCGGGCAUGGUGAACAAGAAGAUGCUGAAGGAGACCCAGGACCAGGUGCGCGCCGCCGAGGAGCAGAGCAACAGCAAGCACGGCGAGCCGGUCACGAGCACGACCAGCAAGAUCGCGCCCAUGCAGCCCUCCUCCUCGCAGGCGCGGAAAAUCUUUUCGUCCACGAGCACGCGGAGCACGCUGAGCAUCGAGUCCAGCAUGUCGAACGGGACCAGCGGCAGCAACAACAGCGGCACGCGCAACCUGGACGCCACGGUGCAGAUGCUGUUUCUGGGGGUGGAGGCCCAGGAGUCGUCGUCCGCGAGCGCCAGUCCGCUCGCCAUGCUGAUGUCCGCUGUGCGGGCCCCGUUCGCGCGCAACCAGGCGGAUCAGGCGGUGUCGCCGGCCGCCACGACGUCCAAGGGCGGCAGUCCGAGCGCCAGCGGCACGGCCAUCGGCGGCAGCAGCGCGGAGGCGCGGAUGGCCGCGGAGCAGCGACGCCAGUUCCUCAAGAAGUUCACGCCGGCCCAGCGCAUCCUGCUGCGGUCGUCCGCGCGCGCGCGGGCCUUCGCGCACCGCCAGACGGGACUCAAGUUCUACCGGCUCGCGAGCGCCGGCGACGUGCGGGGCGUGCACCAGGCGCUGCUGGGCGGGGAGAACACGCUAGACUUGCCCUGGAUCCGGGACCAGUGCGGGGAGUCCCUGCUCUCGCUCUUCAUGAAGAAGGAUCUGCUGAAUGGGUGCGCGAUGCUGCUGCGCCACGCCGGCUGGGACGCCUGCGUCGCGGUGCAGAGCAGUAUCGGCGAGAACCCGCUGGAGGAAAGUAUCCAGAAGGACGACAUCGGCUACUUCCUGGCCUUCGCGGACCCACGGCAGCUCUCGCGCAACUACCUUGAGAAGGGCUACUCCGCGACAACCACAGCGACGGAACUUGUUUCCGCACCAAAUAACUUGUUCCCUCCGUCCGAGCAGGCUGGGGCCGACGCGUCGCCGUCGGCGAUCAUAGGCGGAGCAAGCCCGCUAAGUCGUGGGAGCCUGUCGACCAGUAAAGACUCUUCGGUGACGAGCAGCAAAGAAUCGGUCAGCUCGGCGUCGGCCGUUGCGCAGGUCAACUUAGGGAUACAGCCGGGCGACACGCUGCUGCACCUCGUCGUGCGGCGGCGGAGUCCGGCGGCGAUCGAGCGCGUGCUGGAGGCCUGGCGCAACGCCGGCAGUCUGCAGGCGGCGUUCACACAGAUUCGCAACGACCACGGUACCACCGUGGUCCAGCUCGUGGAGGAAGUGUUCCCGGUCGAAGGCGACCGACCGCUGCGGUUGCGGGAAGCGCUUAGUCAGAUACAGACCGUUGGAACUAGUACCUCCAAUCCGGUCGUAGAUAGCCGACUGCCCACCCGGGACGAAAACGAGCCCCCACCUGGGACGGAGGCAUAGCAAUCGGACAGAAAUCUAGAUAUUUAUAGGUUUUUUCUCUCUACUAGACAAGAAUCUUCAACAUCUUCUUCAUACACUGCUCUCGUGGUCGUGGGGGUUAUUUACAAGAACUGAAAACAUAACGUACACUAGGGGAGGACCAGUUAAGACAGAGUUGCAGAAGUAGAGGACAUUGUCGCACAACAUGGGACCUUGUCGCACAACAUUUUUCGGAGCAAAAUUAUUGCGCCAGCAGACUGUGCCUUCGUGGAUGAAAUUGUUUGGCGCGAAUAUGUAAAUGAUACAAAAGCGAGAUUCUUGGACUGCAACCCAUUUUCAGUUUUUUUGAGGUGAAGGAACGGCUCUGAGUCAGUGACUUACUAUGCUAAUUUUCAGCACAUUCGCGCAGUCUCUACUGCGAAUCGGCUCUUCUUUGUGUCGCAC